AGCUUGAUGACAUCAACACCUUCAGUGCAAAGCCUUGACAACCCAGCAUGUUUUUCUAGCAAAGCCUGUUCCUCCAACACUACCAAGGGGACAGAGAAAGAAAUGGCUGGUUAAAUUGUCCCAGAUCAAAUGGUACGUGCUCAAGGGCUCGUCCUCUGCAAUGUGACACUCACGGACGUGUUCUCUCUGGUGUGUCCCCUUAGGUUUUGACCGGCUGACCUGGACUUGGCCAGUGGCCCUGUGGUCCAUGAUGGCCAACCCGCUGUCCUGGCUGGGCAGGAAGAUGUCUCUCUUCAAGGUGUGCAAACGGAUAGGACUUGGCUGCUUCCGGUCACUGCUGGGCUCCUUGCCCAACGUUCACCGGAAGAAAGGAACCUACAAGCUGCAGGAGGAAAAGGCUUUCCUGGAAGAGAUCAGAGUCUUCCGUGGGAAAAUAGAAGACUUCAGGGCGGAGAUGUGGCAUUUCCGAGGCAAGAUCCGUGCUUUCCAGGACCAGGUGUUGAGCUCCUGGGAAGAGGAGAGACCUUUCUGGGAAGAGGAGGAAGCCUUCUGGGAGGAGGAGAAAGCCUUCUGGGAAAGGGAAAAGUCCUUCCGCGAAGAGGAGGAGAGCUUCUGGGAGAAGCACUGUCUCUUCUGGAGGGAGGACAAGGCCUUGCAGGAGAUAGACCUGUACCUUCUUCAGGAGGACAAGGCUCUCUGGGAGGAAGGCAAGGCCCUGUGGGUCGAGGAGCGCGCCCUCCUGGAGGAGGAGAAGGCCCUGUGGGAGGACAACAAGUCCCUCUGGGGGGAGGAGAACGUGUUCUGGGCGGAAGGGGGUGGCCACGCUGCUGAGGAGCAGAUGGGCGAGGACGGGCACCGCGAUGUGCAGAGGGGGCCACGGGCACCCGCCUUCUCCCGGAGCCGGGCGUGAGCACGGGAGACGAGGGCCCGCGGCGGGGCCAGACUCUGCCAGAUCGGGACCCGAGUCUGGGGUGACCCCACGGGCCGGAGGAAAUAGGCACUUGCUGGUCUCCUUGCUCUAAAAGAUCUAAUAAAGUCCUCAGGAGAGA